AUGUCCUAUGUAUCAUCAAUUGAAUUACGAAAAAUUCGACCGGAGGCUGUCAACGAAAAAAGUGUUAUUGAAUCAGUUGUUGAUCUUUUUCACGAUGUUGUAGAAAAAGUUCCUCAAGCCUAUGCAAUAUCAUCACGUCCAAUAAAUGCUGAUCAAUUAGAACCCAUAGAAUGGAUGCGUUUUUUAUCUAAUGCACAUGAAUGGCAUUCAUCAAUACGUUAUGAUACAUUGGUUUUAUUAAUUGCCUAUAAAAGUGGGUUAACAUUAUGGACAAUUGAAAGUAAUGGUAUCGCAAGUGAAUUAUUUUCUAUUCGUGAACAUAAUAUUUGUUCGGCAUGUUUAUUAAUAUUGAAUUCUUCAAAUGAUGAUCCAUAUUCAAUACAUCGUCCAUUAAUUGCAUUUGCUAAAUCAGCUGGACCACCAUCAAUACAAAUACGUUCAUUAAAAAAUGAUCAACAUAUUAUAAAAAUUCUUAAUUUACCUGGAAAUAUUCUUCAAAAUGAACCAAUAUUAAUUGAAUCAAAUAGUUCCGUACUUAUUUGUGCGACACAUACAUUUAUUAUUGGUUAUGAUAUAAUAAAAUUUGAUGAAAAAUUUUUUCUAACUAAUUUAUAUUCAUCAUUACCAUUAUCAUUAUCAACAAGAUGGUUAGCAUUUGUUGAUUAUCGUCUUAAUUUAAUUCAUCAAUCAUCAGGUGGUAUCAAUGGAAAUAUAUCGGAACAAUAUGCAUCAUAUACGGGUGUUAUGUUAAAUGCAGCUAAAUCUUUAUCGAAAAGUGUUGUUAAAAUCGGAGAAAGUGUACUUGGAUAUAGUGGACAACAAAUAAAUAAUGGAAAUGAAAAAUCAUCACCACCUAAACAACAAUUAUUAUCAACGAUGAAUAAUAAUAGUAAUAAUAAUAAUACAAAUUCAACACGUCAUAGACAUGGAUCAGGUAAAGAAGAACCACAACCAGGAAUUAUAACAAUUGUUGAUACCGUUAAAUUGUUUGGUUCAUCAGUUCAUGAUGAAAGACAAAAUUGGAUAAUUGCUCAUUUUCAAGCUCAUACUGAACCUAUUGGUUAUUUACAAUUUAAUCCAAGUGGACAUUUACUUGUUACAUGUGAUAAUAGUGGACAUUAUUUUAAUGUAUUACAAAUUCAAUCAUCACCCUAUCGUUGUACAAGAACAUAUAUUAAACAUUUGUAUACAUUAUUUCGUGGAGAUACGGAUUGUCGGGUAUCUCAUAUAACAUUUACUACUGACAGUCGAUGGCUUGCGAUAUCAACGAAACGAGGAACCACACAUUUAUAUGCGAUUAAUCCAUAUGGAGGUGCUGUUAAUAUUCGUAGUCAUACGAAAAAUUAUGUUGUAAAUAAAGCUAGUCGUUAUCAACGUACAGCUGGUCUUGAAGAUCAAUCAACACGUCAAACAAAUAGUAAUGGACAUGAAAAUGGACUUAAAGAUAUAUCAUCAACUACGUUAACUAAUUCAUCAUCGAAUAUAGUUAAUGGUCAUAAUAAUUAUUAUUUAUCAUCAAUGCGUACAAAACGAGCAACAAGUGAAUGUAUUUUUUCAACAGCUGUUGCAAUAAUUCGUCAACCAACAGAUAAUUUUGUUAGUGGUCUUAGUGUACCAUUCAAUAUUGAUUCGCUAUGUAUGGCAACAACAUUUGGUAUAUCACGUGGUUUUCUUAAUCCAGAAGAUAUGAUUAAUCAUCAAGAUCAUACACCACGUGCAUGUAGUUCAUUAUAUAUUAUUACUUGGUAUGGUCGACUUAUUGAAUAUGUACUUGAACCUAUACCAGAUAUAAGUAAACAUGGUACACGCAUUACAUCAGAAACUCCACUUGCUGUUAAAGCAUGUCCAAAAGCUCAAUGGCCACUACAAAGAUUAAUAACAUGGCCAGAAGUACGUAUGUCAGUUGCAAAUUCAUUUUUAUCACAAGGACAUCGAUUAAUAUCAACUAAUAAAAUCCAUUCCAAAGAUGAUUGGUUACGACAAGUUGAAAUGAAUACACAUGUUGGUCCACAUCGUCGUUUAUGGAUGGGUCCACAAUUUCAAUUUAAACAUUAUUCAGAAGCAACUGUAAGUGUUUGUCAUCCAAAUUCCAAUGUUUGUACAGCUGAUUCACCACAAACAUCAAUGAAUUUUGUUGAAGCUGAUUUAAAAAGUUUACCAAUGCAAUGGUCAAAAUCUACACCAGUCCAUGUACCAAACAUCCAUAAAGAUACAGCACCUGCCUAUAUUGAAGUUGGUUCUGGUAGUUUUCAAGAUGCACCAUCAUUAAGUGUCUAUGGAAGUUCAUUAGAUAGUUUAAAAUCUGAUUUUGAAGUUGAACUUAUGGAAAAAUUAGCUGAUGCUGCUGUUGAUAUUUCAUUAAAAAAUAGUGGUAUUACUGAUACAAUGGAUUCAUUAACAUCAUCGACUUGUAGUAAUACAGUCAUACGUCCAUUACAAACAAAUAGUUCACUUGAAAAUAUGAUACCAUUUCCUGAUACGGGUGAUCCAACAGAUUAA